GGUGAGUGGAAUGGAAACAAACAUGGCAGCGUCGUGGAGUGCACAUACUGGCACAAACGAAGGUUGUUGAUAUUUUAAUGACAUUAUAAAGAAAUAUCCGAUGAAAUAUUCUCACUAUGCUCAGCUUAACAAUAAAGGAGGCAUCCUUAGCGCUUAGAGAGGGAAAAGUCUCUCCUGUUGAUCUAUGUAGGAAAUGUCUGAACCGAAUAAAAAAAACACAACACUUAAAUGCCUAUAUCUCAGUGACAGAGGAGCAAGCUUUGAUACAGGCGCAGGAAGCUGAAACUAGACUUCUGAAAGGUUCUCCCAAAGGCUUGUUAGAUGGAAUACCUUUUGCAGUCAAGGAUAACUUCAGCACACAGAAUAUCAAAACAACAUGUGCCUCCAGGAUGCUCAAAGACUACACUCCUCCAUUCAAUGCUACUGUUGUGCAGAAGUUGCUUGACCAAGGUGCUGUCCUAUUGGGUAAAACCAACAUGGAUGAGUUUGCUAUGGGAUCGGGAAGUACAGAUGGAGCAUUUGGACCAGUGAGAAAUCCCUGGAGUUAUGCUGCUCCAUACAGAGAAAACACAGGUCUCGACCCAAACUCUGACUGGGUAGUGACUGGAGGGAGCUCAGGUGGGAGUGCAGCUGCUGUAGCAUCACUCACCAGUUAUCUAGCUCUUGGUUCAGACACGGGAGGCUCCACUCGUAACCCAGGUGCACUGUGUGGUGUUGUGGCUCUGAAGCCGACUUAUGGUUUAUUGUCCAGACAUGGUCUUAUUCCUCUUGUCAACUCUUUGGAUGUCCCAGGCAUCAUCACUCGCAGUGUUGGUGAUGCAGCUUUGGUCUUAGAUGUUCUACAAGGUGUUGAUGUAAAAGACUCAACCACCAUUCUGCCGCAGUCAUCAUCUGCACAUAUCCCUGAAGAUGUUGAUGUCAGUGCCUUAUGUGUGGGAAUCCCUAAAGAAUAUCAUGCUCCAGGCCUGUCUAUGGAGACAGUGGAGCAGUGGAGUCGUGUUGCAGACAUGUUUGAGAGAGCCGGGGCCCGGGUGGAGCUGGUGUCCCUCCCCCACACCCAAUACUCCAUUGUGUGUUACCACGUCCUGUGCUGUACUGAGGUGGCCUCCAACAUGGCCCGUUUUGAUGGGUUAGAAUAUGGACAUCGCAGUGAAAUGGACAGCUCCACUGAAACCAUGUAUGCCAUCUCCCGACACGAGGGCUUCAAUGAUGUAGUGAGAGGAAGGAUUCUGUCUGGAAACUACUUCUUGCUUAAACAGAGCUAUGAGCAUUACUUCCUAAAGGCCCAGAAAGUUAGACGUCUAAUAACAGAGGAUUUUAAACAUGUCUUUAACUCUGGGGUUGAUGUGCUGCUGACUCCCACCACUCUGUCAGAUGCGACUCGAUACUCUGAUUUCACAAAGGAAGAUAACCGAACUCGCAGCUCACAGGAAGAUGUCUUCACUCAACCUGUCAACUUGGCAGGUCUAUCAGCUAUUUCGAUACCAACGGCUCUGUCCAGGAGAGGCCUUCCCAUUGGACUUCAGCUCAUCGCUCCAGCACUUCAGGACAAGAGGCUCCUGUCUGUUGCCCAAUGGAUCGAACAGAGGGUUGCUUUUCCCUCCAUCAGUGACUUUGAAGAACCCAUUGAGGGCAGUGAGCGAUGCCUAAAGAUAAGGGAACAUACUGUACAAAGUUAUAAGACAUAUUAUAGUGGCUGUCCAUAAAACCCAGAAUCACGUUUAUUCUUUAUGUAACAUUUACACUCUACCGCAUAAUAAUAAAGUGCUAACAUGUCAUUUCCUUUUCAGCUUCCUUCUUUAAUUUCAACUAUCAGUUCCUUGUGAAGGUAUGAAACUUCCCUGUAUAGUCACAGGAAAUCAGAGGCAACAAAGCAAAAAAGGCAGUCACAGGAAAUCAGAGGCAACAAAGCAAAAAAGGCAAAGUACAGCAGGGGUGUCCACACUAAAACUGGCCUAAUUGAUCAUAAUCAGUACUUUUUAUGGCAAAUUUGAGUAAUCCUUCCAAUUUAACCUAAAUAACAUCAUAUUGCAUUGUCAUACAGACCUAAUAAUAAUAUUUCAAGCCUUAUUUAAAGUAUGUUAAAUGCACCCAUCUGAAUUAUCCACUGUAUUGACCACUGGUCUGUGGCCCUCCAUGUUGAAUAUUUUUCAAGAUAUGGCCCUUGGUGAAAAGAGUUUGGGCACCCCUGUAGUACAGUAAUGUUUUGUCUAAAUACAGACAUUGUAUUAGUGGACAUUAUAGGAUUAUUUAUUUUAAGAGCACAUGCUUUGAAUGGAUCUGCAUUUUAUCAAAGCAAUUCAGUGACAUCUGACACAUUCCCAGCAAGUCAAGGCCAGAGGAACAAAAAACCACCCUGGAGUUUCGAGUCAACUCAUAAGCUUCAGUUCAUGUUUGAAAGAUCCACUAAUAAGACUAUACCACUGUUCCUUGUUUAGAAAGAUUGGAAGCAUAAGUCUAUUCAAGAAAAAAAACUCUCAACAAAAAAUGUGAUUUUGGCUAUUCUAUAUCAAUAUUUUAUUAUGUUUUUAUAUUUAUUAAACAAAUAGCCAGUUUUCCUGCUGGGUUCAAGCUGUUGUGAUUACGGUGCACAUUAUUGUCCCUGUAGUCCAGUCCAAUACUUGACUGUCAGAUCAGGCAAGGUAAUGCCCCCAGUAAAAUAGAAUAGAUUACAGCACAUGUAAGAGUAGCUUUGGGCCUGCUGGUAACUCAUAGUCAUGAUGAUGCAACUAUCUGCUCUCAUUACCAGAUGGCUUUUUACUUAUUCAUAGCUCUUUGAGUUAAUCUGUGGGAAUACAAACAUCGGUCUUCAGUUGUGAAUGUAGUGUAACAUUUGGAGAAUUUGUGGAAUGCAAAGUCAUCUGUGUCCUGAAUGUCUUUCACCUGUCUGAUUCAAUCCCACCCCUUUUAUUUCUUUGUUAUUUACCCUACACUACCUCCUCUCCCAAAUAACAUAAACCUAACCUACAUGG